AGUUUAGUGAAAGAAGAGCAUCUAAGAUCCUGUCCGUAUUGGGACGUGAAAUGGGCGGGGCACGCUCCAGCGUGGCUUUGCUCCAAGUGAAUACAGUUAAUUCAGCUGUCUCUAAAUAAUUGUAUACAUUUUUUUUAAACCCUUUCCUCCCCCACGUUUGGAAGACCUAUAACCUGUUCACCUCAAUUAAGUUUCUCCUAAGUCGGUCCUACAUCGAUGCCCCCCAUGCAGUCACACGGAGCCUCGUUGCUGCUAGGAGAUGUGCAUCAUUAAUACAUUAUGGUUUUAAACGUCACUGUUACCAUAGGUACAUCUGUGCUGGCAACGCAAAGGAUCAAAUGUCUUUUCCCAGAGAAGAGGCAUCGGAAAGAUGGCGGAAAAAAAGUUUAAAGGAGCUCCGUUUGGAACGCAGUCAGCAAGGUUUGAUGUUUCCGCGGUGCAUCCAGCCAACAAGAGAGUUGGAACUUACACUGAGAUCUCGUAUUGCAAAAGGAGAACCAGUGAACUGGAGAGGAACCUAGGCCCUGGACUGUACAACGCUGACAGAGGAGACUUCAGUGUGCGGGCGACGGCAGAGAGGGCCAAAGGCCCUGGGUGGCAGAGGGCCCAGGAGACCGCUAGGCUGGCUAAGAUCCCUCACAUCCUCUACAGAGAGGCCUGGGAGAACAAACACUUCCUGAAAACCAAAGUGGGUCCUGGUACCUACAGAAUCCCAGACUUCAUGGAGGAGCUGGAGAAGAAACCUGGCAGUGUCAGGGGGGUGUGUGAGAGCCGGGAGGAGAGAUUCAGAGAGCCGCAGAGCUGGACCCCAGGCCCGGGAUCCUACGGCAAAGGUGGCGUGCCAUGUGCAGCUUUGGAGGAGAAGAGAACACGGUCUGGGGGCGUGGACAUGGAGCUUAGCUCAGGGCUGAAACGCUUCCCCGAGGACCCUAAGACCUGUGGGCCUUGCCCCUGUACGUACACUCUGAAGAGCUGCACAGACAUCCUCCGAAACAGGAAGACCAGCGAAAGAGGACCUUACGACCUGUUCACCGGACCAAGAGACGAACCCAUCGUGUCUGGAUACUUUGCUGCCCCGAAGUGUGCGGCCGUCACUCCCGGGGAUUACAGCCCGGAGAGUUUUAGUGAACAGUUGUUUCGGAGGGAGAAGAAGAGGCACGGAGUGUUUAGCGUGUUGGACCAGUACCCAGCCAUGCCCCACGACAGGAUCUACCACAGCACUCUGUCUCAGUACCCCCGUCCUGCCACAUUUCCUGGGCCGUGUGAAUACGAGACAUCUCCGCCCCGCUCCAACCGUAGCUCGGCCCAUGUCUUCUCCUCCGCCCAGCGCCUCAGCAAGAUGUCAGAAAGGCUGCAGAAUAAAAACUUUACCUCAGUUGGCCCCGGUCGGUAUGACAUUGCAGAAAAGGGUCAGAGAAAGUCUGCCAACGGACACACAUCCUCAUUCAGCUCCAGAACGCAGAGAUAUCUCGCAAAUCUCCGGAGAGACAAGCACACACAGGAGAGGUUACGGGCAAUAAACCUUCCUGUGGAGAGGCAGAGUUCCUUGACGCCUAUUGGUCCAUCGUUAAGGAAAACUCUGAUGUCAUCGGCCUGACCACACCCACAGAA